AUGUGUAAAAGGCGUUCAAUUACACCACAGCAGUAUUUUUGUCGUAAUGGUAAUGAUAAGAGUAAUUUAUUACGGUUUUCGAAACUUCGGAAUGCUAAUAUGGAUAGUAUCAUUCAACUCAGUCCACUUAUCGUAAUUGAAAAAUUAUCGUCUGCUGUGCCUUUGCUACCAAUAAAUCCUCAGUUAAAUGAUUAUAUUGUGAGAUCGACAAACCGUCUCAUGCCACAAUUUGAUGAUCUCAUUAGAGCGAUGGCAUCUGAUCAGGUUGAUAUAAGAAUUCUAGAAGCACGCGCUUCAUCGUUGGUAAGUGCGUGUUGGGCAUUAGCCUCACCGUUUACAAUGGUGAAUUGCAAAAAUAUCGAAAUCAUUGAUGGAGCUCUUCGGGAGAUGGAUAAUCAUGUAGAAUCGCUUCGAUUGGUAAUUAAACAAGCUGAGCAAAGAAUUGUUGAACAAGAAACACUUGUCAACAAUAGCAGCCAUUCGAAUUCACCAUUAAAAACAAUUAUCGAAGAAACAUCAUUAAAUGAGCAAACCAUAUCUCCCCCAAGCGAGCCUCUUAUCACACAGUCACUCACAUCCAAUGAUGAAGCACCAGCCGAUCCUGGUAAUAACUAG